UCAAUGUAUGGAAAGAAGCGAGGGCGUCCUCCAGACAAAGAGGCAGCUCGCCGAGGACCCGCCCAUUAGCUCCAACCGCAAUUACCCAGUUUAUGCGUUGAUUGGUGGCGUCUUCUGUCCGUCGGAUUCCGUGAGCGGAGUAGCGAGGCUCGCGGUUGGUUGCGAUGGAGAAGGCGGCGGGCCCGUUUCAGGGUGUUUGAUGAGAGGACGCCGGCUGGGAGUAUAGCUGAGGCAGGAAGCCGAGUGGAGCGACUUGUCUGGGCCUGGGGAAUACCAACCACAUAGGGACAGGGGGGCGCUGUCUUCAGAUCCCCAGGGCACAGCGAUAUCAGUGACCCGUUCCCACCCUAAUAAUGGAAGAUACCAUCUUUGUCCCCGCUGACCUGACUCCUGAGGAGCGGAUUGAGUUGGAAAACAUUCGCCGCAGGAAACAGGAACUGCUGGAAGAGAUUCAGAGGCUGAGGGAUGAGCUGAGCGAGGCCAUGAAUGAGGUGGAAGGCCUGGAGGCCAACGAAGGAAGCAAGACAUUGCAACGAAACAGAAAAAUGGGAAUGGGAAGGAAGAAAUUUAACAUGGAUCCUAAAAAGGGGAUUGUAUACCUGCAGGAGAACGAGUUGCUCCGGAACACUCCAGAAGACAUCGCCCGUUUCUUGUAUAAAGGGGAAGGCUUGAACAAGACUGCAAUAGGGGAUUAUUUAGGAGAAAGAGAUGACUUCAACAUUUCAGUUCUCCACUCCUUUGUGGACCUUCACGAGUUUACCGACCUGAACUUGGUGCAGGCUCUCAGGCAGUUCCUGUGGAGUUUCCGUUUACCAGGGGAAGCCCAGAAAAUAGACAGGAUGAUGGAGGCAUUUGCGCAGAGGUAUUGCAUAUGCAACCCAGGCGUGUUUCAAUCCACGGACACAUGCUACGUCCUGUCUUUCGCCGUCAUCAUGUUAAACACCAGCUUGCACAAUCCCAAUGUUCGCGACAAGCCCGGCUUGGACCGUUUCAUCUCUAUGAACCGAGGUAUCAACGAUGGAGGAGACCUUCCUGAAGAACUGCUAAGGAAUCUCUUCGAUAGCAUUCGAAAUGAGCCAUUUAAGAUCCCAGAGGAUGAUGGGAACGAUUUGACUCAUACUUUCUUUAAUCCAGACCGAGAAGGCUGGCUCCUCAAACUGGGUGGGCGAGUGAAAACAUGGAAGAGGCGUUGGUUCAUUUUGACAGACAACUGUUUAUAUUAUUUUGAAUAUACAACGGAUAAAGAGCCCAGAGGCAUCAUCCCACUUGAGAAUCUCUGUAUUCGGGAAGUUGAGGAUCCAAGAAAGCCGAACUGCUUCGAGUUGUAUAUUCCGAACAAUAGGGGGCAGCUGAUUAAAGCCUGCAAGACUGAAGCUGAUGGGAGGGUGGUGGAAGGAAACCAUAACGUGUACCGAAUUUCUGCACCCACGCCGGAAGAGAAGGAAGAAUGGAUUAAGUGUAUAAAGGCAGCCGUUAGUGUGGACCCGUUCUACGAGAUGCUGGCGGCCCGUAAGAAACGCAUCUCUGUCAAGAAAAACCAGAUGCAGCAGCAACAGCAAGAGCAGCCUUAAAGGAGCCUCCGUGUAACAUUUCAUUGAUGCCACUACUUCCAUGCACGCCCCAAGUAGAGAGGAGAAGUUGCACCAAUCUACAGUAUAGUAGCCGCUUGAGGGGGAAAUAAAAUGAUGCCUCCUUCAAAACCAAUUUUCUCUGAAGAUCUUCUACUGUAGCUUGAAGUAUUAUUGGUUUGCCGCAUUUCAUUGGCGCCGUCUGCACAGGACGGAGGAUCGAGUCCGCGAACAAGAGCCUCCAUGGCAGGGUCACUAUUCUUGGAUUGCGUUUUUGUCUUAUUCUGUACAUUCUUUGUUGGUUUGAGCUGUGAACCCGUUCAAUGGAAAUGUGACUUAACCUCAUUAUAAAUCCGUGACAAUAUCCAGUUUAAGAUGUGGCUUUUUAACUUGGAAAAUACACAUGACCCUUGCCUUUUCUUUAACUCUUACCUUUUGCAAGUUUGGGAUGUAGCUAGGCUUAUAUAUGGUCUCCAAGCCUAGCCAGAUACUAUCAGAUGAACCUCAACUCCGGGAAUUCCAUUCUGCGAAUAUAUUACUGCUACUGUGGAAGUUAUAUAAGGCUUUGUAUCCCAGAUCCCUGACUGGAGACUGACAUUUCUGCUGGAAAUCAUGAGACAGACGCUGAUAAAGAGGCUGAACCACUAUUAGAAAAGCACAGAAAGCCGAGGAGCAGAAUCAUUUUGGCCAGCCAUUGGCCGCUUAGAGUAUGUUCUUAGUACUGAGCGUAUAAAAGGGUUUGAAGCACAAUGUAACAGCUCUUGGUGACGGAUUUAGUCACGUAAAGGUGUGAGUUACAGGAAACCACAAGGCAAGAAAUUGACAGUUGAAAUUUCUAAAACAAAACAUGAACCCGAUUGUAUGUAUCGUGUACAUAUGUCACAUGCCUGAGCCAUAACAAGACCACUCACUCCAACCACUGGACUAGUGUGAUUGUAGCGGAUCAAUGCUGUUUUGUUCUUUGUAUUUUAUUUGAAGGGUGGGUUAAUUCUGUGAUUACACAUUAACUGCCAUGCACUGUUUUAUAUAAUCGACUCCUGGCAGCAAAUUGUGUUCAGUACGGGACUUAUCCCAGGGAUCCUUUUAUACUCUCUCGUUUGGGGGGAUAGACAAAUCUUCUGUACCGCCAUUUCUGCCUCCAUCCGUGACCAGCGUUUGGCACAGACACAAUUAGCCGUUUUAUAAAUUAAAAUUAUUCCCUUCUUAGUCAUUUUUGUUACUGUGAAUUGGGAGAGAUUUGGCUGUAUCUUUAGAAAAGCAAUAAAAAAAGGUCACAUAGUCGGACCAUAUUUUGUUUUAUGCCAAAAUUCAGAUUUUCUACAGGGGUGGUUCACCUUUACGUUAACUUUGACUAAGUUAUAGAAUGGCCAGUUCUAAGCAAUUUAUCAGUUGGUCUUCAUUAUUUAUAGUUUUUUAACUAAUUGCCUUUUUCUUCUGAGACUUUCCAGCUUUCGAAAUGGGGUCACUGUCCUCAUCUUAAAAACAAAUUUGCUGUAAAGCUACAAAUGUGUUGUUAUUGCUACUUUUUAUUACUCAUCUUUCCAUUCAGGCCUCUCCUAUUCAUAUUCCAGUCUCUUAUUCAAACCAAGGGGUAAUUUGGACACUAGCCACCAGACUGCUGAAAUUACAAGCUGCUGAAUAAAAAGCUAAAUAACUCAAAAACCACAUAUAAAAAAAAAAUAAAAACAAUUGCAAAUUGUCUCAAUAUCACUCUCUACAUCAUACUAAAAGUUAACUCAAAACAACCCCUUUAAUGUUACACUGACUCUAUUGCCCUGGCUUUACUUUGUCAGUAUGACGACUCCCCUCUCCAAACAGGAGACACAAUUUGCAUAUUUAUUCGUUUCAUUAAUCCCACCCCCAUUCUUUUGCCACUUCAGUCCCCUUCUUGAGCCUGUAGCUUCAUAGGAUCUUAAUUAAAGGGCUUGUUUACCUUUUAAUUAAUGUUUAGAACUGUCCAGACCAUUUGCAACAUGCCAUUUAUUUACAUUUUUUUUGUGUGGUCUGGGCAGCUCAUGGAAUUAGACUGACAGCCUGCCUGACUAUCUGCCUGAAAACUGUCCAGAUAUCAGUCGGGAAGGAACCCAAAAUGCUGUGGCAUUAGGACGACUGCUCAUGUACCUCAUCUGACAAGUCUCUAACCCCCAAUGGAUGAUCUAGUCCUUUGCCCUAGGGCCAAAGAUUGGAUCUGCCCAAUUUAUGGAGACCUCACCAGAGAGCUCUAUCUGUGGAUAGCCACCUUAAAGGAGAAGGAAAGGCUAAAAUUAAGUAAGAUUUAUCAGAAAGGUCUAUAUAAAUACACCAGUAAACCCUCAAAGUAAUGCUGCUCUGAGUCCUCUGUCAAAAGAAACACCACAUUUCUUCCCUUCUAUUGUGUACACAUGGGCUUCUGUAUCAGACUUCAUAUAUUCAUCUUAAACCUCCUGGGCUAGGGCUUGAGCAUGCUCAGUUUGCUCCUCCCUUUUCCCCUACCUCCUCCCCUUCCUGCUGUAAUCUGAGCCCAGAGCUAUGAGUGAGCAGGGAGAGACUCGGGCAGGAAGUGAUUUCACACCAAGCUAAUAUGGCAGCUGCUAUCCUAAACAAAUAGAGAAAGUUUUAGAGCUAUUUACUCAGGUAUGGUAAAGCAUUCUUCAGCAUAAAUAUAGUGUUCUAGCUUGCACUUUGGAGGCUAAUCUAUUGGCAAUAAACUGCCUCAGUAGCUUUCCUUCUUCUUUAGGUUUGUACAUUCUAGUCAAAGAAUGGACAAUAACACUAGCCUCUAAAGGGGAAAGUCAGGAAUCAAGCUGAGCAUACAUGGGAGCAUCUGCUUGGCAGGGCAGCAAAAUAAAUAUUUGGGCAACCCAUAUGUUGGCCUAAGAGCUGACCUCUAAUUUUCUCCAGGUGUCGGAUCGCACAGAGAACUGUGGCACGGUCAGGCCAAUGCAGUUGUGUAUUUUAACUUUUGACCCAGCACCCAGAGUCUGUUCCAUAUUAUCCAAAUCCAUAUCUUUCCCUUGUACGAAAGCACUGCCAAGAAGACAUGUUUGUGCCUGACCAGUUGCAGGAUAUUUUAUCUUCUUCAUUGAGGGCAGUCGCUAGGUUUAUAUUUAUUGAGAAGUUUAUGCUGUUCAAACAACCAUACUUUAUCAACACAAUUCUGUGACUUUGUACCAUUUAUAUGAUCUAGUGAUAGACAUUAUUUGCAUAUUUGUGUUUAUUUAAUCUGUGUGUGUGUGUGCCAAGUUAAAUGUUCUGUUUUAGCCCAAUGCUUCAUGCCUUCCAGCUGGGCUUGGUGUAUAGGUCUUUUUAUACCUAGAAUUGGUUCGAUAUGCUGAAAUGCACAUUAAAUAUUCAUUUGUAUCCGGAAGAAGCUAAUGAGCAUUAGGGAUGCACCAAAUCCACUAUUUGGGAUUCAGCCGAAUCCUCCGUAAAAGUUUUGGACGAACCGGAUCUGAAUCCUAAUUUGGAUAUGCAAAUUAGGGCUAGGAAAGGAAAAAAAUAUUUUGUAAUGAAAAGUCCUUUGAUUUCCCUUUCUCACCCGGAUUUAUAUUAGGGAUAGGGAUGCACUGAAUGCAGGAUUUGGUUCGGGAUUCGGCCAGGAUUCGUCCUUUUUCAGCAGGAUUCGGGCCGAACCCAAUCCAAAUCCUAAUUUGCAUAUGCAAAUUAGUUGCGGGGAGGAUUCGGUUCGGUAUUCGGCCGAAUCUUUCAAGAAGGAUUCGGGUGUUCGGCCGAAUCCAAAAUAGUGGAUUCAGUGCAUCCCUAAUUAGGGAUGCAUCAAAUCCUGCGAAUUCUUCGCGAAAGAUUCGUCAGAAUACCUAACCGAAUCCUAAUUUGCUUAUGCAAAUAAGUGGUGGGAAGGGGAAAACAUUUUUUAGUUCCUUGAUUUGUGACAAAAAGUCACCCGAUUUCCCUUCCCACAUUGAAUUUGCAUAUGCAAAUUCGGAUUUGGUUGGGCCGGGCAGAAGGAUUCAGCCGAAUCCGAAUCCUGCUGAAUCCGAAUCCUGCUGAAAAAGGCAGAAUCCCGAACCGAAUCCUGGAUCUGGUGCAUCCCUAAUUUACAUAUGCAAAUUUGGAUUCGGUGGAAUCCCGAACGAGCUUAUAUCCCUUCCUGUAUAUCAUGGUGGGAAGAUGACACUCACCACCAUUGGCACCUCUGCUACUGGAGAGCAAUAACCUGUAGAGGAGCACCCAUGCUAAACUAAACAGCCAUGGGAAUAUUUGAUGGAGGUCUCCGACCUGUUGGGCAAUAAGACACUACAGUUUGUCAGAGGAGCUUAAACAAUUCACCCAACGUUGAUCCACCAAUUUCCAUCCGGUCGUAUGAACUGUCCCGGGGGAAGAAAAGCACAUCUCGUUCAAUAUGUUCUGUAAGGGGCAUUAAGGCUUCAGCUUUGCAAUGUCUCUGUAACGUUCAGCAGGUAUAUAUUUUUGUAACUUUUUGUGCCAAAGGAAAACGGUUUCAUCCUUUUCCCCCACUGCGCUGUGCCUGUCUUGACGCCAGAUUUAUGAGGGGAAGUAUUGUGAAACUACGUCCGGACUGGAUAUGAUUUGACUUGGAGUUUUUGUUUCUAUUUGUUCCUUUUUAAUAUUGUAUGCAAACCUUUGACUUAAAUAAUAAAUUCUGACAUCCUA